AUCCAUUCAUGAUAGGCUGACAGCAUCGGGGGUCAAAGGUCGGCGGUAGCUAUGAUUCUCCACAGACCAGCCAAACAUGGAGUCUAUCUUCCACGAAAAACAAGAAGGCUCUUUGUGUGCGCAGCACUGCCUGAACAACCUGCUGCAGGGAGAGUACUUCACUCCUGUUGAUCUGUCAUCUAUCGCACAACAGCUGGAUGAAGAGGAGAGGAUGAGGAUGGCUGAAGGUGGUUUGCUAAGUGAGGAGUACAGGACUUUUCUACAGCAACCUUCUGGAAACAUGGAUGACAGCGGCUUCUUUUCUAUUCAAGUGAUAAGUAACGCUCUAAGUGUUUGGGGUUUGGAGCUGAUCCUCUUCAACAGCCGCGAGUACCAGCAGCUAAUGAUAGACCCAAUAAAUGAAAAAGCCUUUAUAUGUAACUACAAAGAGCAUUGGUUUACAGUACGAAAACUGGGACAUCAGUGGUUUAAUUUGAACUCAUUGUUAACGGGACCAGAGCUGAUCUCAGAUACUUACCUUGCACUUUUCCUAGCACAAUUACAGCAAGAAGGCUAUUCGAUUUUUGUGAUUCGAGGGAAUUUGCCUGAAUGUGAAGCGGAUCAACUUUUGCAGAUAAUGAGAGUGGAACAACAGCAUCGACCAAAACUCAUAGGAGAGGAAGAAGCUCAGACAAGCGGGCAGAGGACCACUGUGCAACACGGAGUAGAGACACAACAUGGCAUGGAACAGGGUGUAGUAGAUGAGGAUGAUGAAGAGCUGAGAAAAGCAUUGGCUCUUAGCAGACAGGAUAUUGAAGUGGAGGAUGAGGAAGCGGAUCUGCGCAGAGCCAUACAGCUCAGUAUGCUGGGAGCUUCAGGGAGCAGCAACCCUAUAGUUCCCAAAGAGGGUAGUGCUGCAGUAGCUCCAAGUUCCACAGAAAGCACUACAGGUGGCCAGACAGAAAGCCUAACGGCAGAGGAGCUACGCAGGAGAAGACAAGCCUAUUUCGACAGGCAGUCCCAGCAACAAGCUCAAGCCACUUCUCCACAUCAGCAGGACACAAAAGCAUCUGGUGAAGAACAGAUCACUGGUAGUAAACACAGCCAGUGAACACAGAAGCUACAGGGAUCUAUUUCCAGAGCACUCUCGCAACCAACUACUAGCUGCCUGUCCAUCUGUUUAAAAGUGCAGCCUUUUCCCUCUAUAAACGGCUUCAGAUUGUGAAUGACAAGAAGGAGCAGAUGGCCAUUCACCAUUAACACACCGCUCUGUGGGUCCACUCAUUAAGAGUAUCACAUGGAUAUAACUAACAUUCACAUGGAAAAAUAAGCCUGUUCUUUCUUUAUAGUUGUAACUUUGCGAUGAUGAUGAUGAUUGGGGGGAGGGGGGGUUUAGAUGCCCUGUAUAGUUCUUUCAUGAUUAGGUAUGGUAUGGUAUAUCUAAAUGUAGUUAUAUAAUUUAAUAUAACUCCAAUGUUGUUUGAAUUAUACCUCAAAUAACAUUGAUCCAUCAUAGGUCAUAGAGCAGGCGUGGCCAGCGUAUUUAUCUGGUGAAUGAAAAAAUGUAAUUUGAACCUGAGGAAAAUAGAAAGGACAUUUAAAACCUUUCUUUAGGGUGCGGGAGCAACACAGGACCACUAGACCUGUUUGUGUUUACUAAGUGGACUACAUCUGGUCUUAGUGUUUUUUUGUUUUUGUUUUAUUUUUCCUUUGUGUGCCAGGCACAGCUUGAGGGACCUGUUCUGUAUAAAUUCUAAUGCACUACCUGUCUUAGGUGGGAUAGUGUUCAAGGGCUGUUUGAGGGGGUUGAGCUCUUCUCAAUAAUACACAUUUCUUUGUUUAGGUGUACCUUUUUUAAUUAUAUCUGAAGAAGUCAGCAAGUCAAAUUAUGUAUACACCUGAAGUUGAACUAUGGCCUUCCAAAACAAUGCUUAAUGUCUAUAAGAGACUACAGGAAGGGACAGUGUUUGUACUGUAUGGACAUAUAACAGAUACUUCUGUUCAUUCUUCAACAGCCUUUUGUUAGUCUUGUGUGUUUUGUUUUUUGUUUCUGUAUGCACCAAGCUCCCAUAGAGAGCACACCUGUUAAAGGAUAAUCUGCAUUAAUCACUGGAAUAUAAGUAUACAGUGUAUUGGGUUGUCCAGUAUGUUCUGGUAUGAUAUUUUCAAAUAGAAUGCGCUUUUUUUUUUUUUUUCCUCUCAAACACAAGAUCACAAAAGGCAAGAACUUAUUUUGCCUCAUAAUCAACAACAUUCUUUGUUCUUUGAUUUUUUUUUUUUUUUUUUUUUUUUUUAAUUCUAUGCACGACGAAAUUAGCAUGCCAUUAUUUGAGCUCACAAUCCUCGAAAUUUCUUGAGUUGAUUCUCAAAGGAGAGGAACAGAUGAUCACCCAGAGACACAAGAUUAAGUUUGUAAUGGUGAAUGUGGUGGAACUUCUCAACCAAACAA